AUGCUUGUGAUUAGGGGUGAUACACAGGUGGAAGGAGUGGAUUUCACUGAAACUUUUUCACCUGUUAUGAAAUUGUCCACUGUUAAAUGUCUUGUAGUUGUUGCUGUCAAGCAUGGUUGGUCUAUGUUUCAGCUUUAUGUGAAUAAUGCUUUCCUUCAUGGUGAUCUACAUGAGGAGGUUUACAUGAAUCUCCCUCAAGGUCUUUCCAUUUCCUCUUCUUCCUCAUCUUCCCCCUUAGUUUGCAAGCUAAAGAAAUCCCUCUAUGGCUUGAGGCAAGCUUCCAAACAAUGGUAUGCAAAGUUAUCCCAAGCUUUAUGGUCAAGAGGGUACACUCAUUCCUUGAAUGUUUACUCUCUAUUUGUCAAAGGGUCUUCUUGUGAUAUUGUCAUUCUUGUUGUAUAUGUAGAUAAUAUAAUCUUGACAGUGAACAAUCUUGUUGAAAUUUCUACUCUUAAGAAGUUUUUGGAUAAUGAGUUUAAGAAAAAAGAUUUGGGUCUCUUACACUAUUUCUUGGGGAUUGAGGUUAGUACUUCACCUGAUGGUGUAUUCUUAAAUCAGAGAAAAUUUGUUUUGGAUUUACUUAAAGAGUAUAACUGUUUGGAGCUGUCUUCUGUUGUUUCUCCUUUGGAUUUAAAUUCCAAGUUGAAGGCUGAUUCUGGUGAGUUGUUUGCCCAUCCUGAAAGGUACAUGAGUCUAAUUGGCAAGCUUCUCUUCUUGACUCAUACUAGACCUGAUUUAUGUUUUGGUGUACAACAUUUAAGUCAGUUUUUACAAGCUCCCAGAUUGCCUCAUAUGACUGCUGCUUUUCACAUGUUGAGGUUCUUGAAGGGUACCAUUGAUGUUGGGCUAUUCUAUUCUAACUCUCGUGAUUGUACUUUCACAGCUUAUUCUGAUAGUGAUUGGGCAGCAUGCCCUGAUAUUUGCAAGUCUGUCUGUGAGUUUUAUGUUUUUCUAGGUGAUUGCUUGGUAGCAUGGAAAUCUAAGAAACAACCUGUUGUUUCCCUCUCCUCAGCUGAGGCUGAAUAG